CCGCAGCAGCAGAAGCAGCGCCCGCACAACUUUCCGGCCCGCGCCGCCGCGAGCGCGCUCCGCCGCCGCCGCCCCCUGCCUCUCCUCCCCGCGCCCUUCCCUCCCCCUUCGCCUCCUUUCUUGCUAGGUGCGGGAAGGAAGGAGCAAUUCAGUCAAGAUGGCUAAAGGUGAUCCCAAGAAACCAAAGGGCAAGAUGUCUGCUUAUGCCUUCUUUGUGCAGACGUGCAGAGAGGAACAUAAGAAGAAAAACCCUGAGGUCCCUGUCAAUUUUGCAGAAUUUUCCAAGAAAUGCUCUGAGAGGUGGAAGACAAUGUCUGGGAAAGAGAAGUCUAAAUUUGAUGAAAUGGCAAAGGCAGAUAAAGUGCGCUAUGAUCGGGAAAUGAAGGAUUACGGACCAGCUAAGGGAGGCAAGAAGAAGAAGGACCCGAAUGCCCCCAAGAGACCACCGUCUGGAUUUUUCCUGUUCUGUUCUGAAUUCCGCCCGAAGAUCAAAUCUACAAACCCUGGCAUCUCUAUUGGAGACGUGGCGAAGAAGCUGGGCGAGAUGUGGAAUAACUUAAGUGACAGCGAGAAGCAGCCAUACAUCAACAAGGCAGCAAAGCUGAAGGAGAAAUACGAGAAGGAUGUCGCAGACUAUAAGUCUAAAGGGAAGUUUGAUGGCGCCAAGGGUCCUGCUAAAGUUGCCCGGAAAAAGGUGGAAGAGGAAGAUGAAGACGACGAGGACGAAGAAGAGGAGGAGGAGGAGGAGGAGGAUGAAUAAAAAAAAACUGUUGAUCUGUCUCCUUGUGAAUACCUUAGAGUAGGGAGCGCCGUGAUUGACACACCUCUCGCCUGAGACGUGUCUGUUGCCCUCAUUAGGUUGAAUUACCCAGUUGGAUCAUGAUCAUAUCGUAGUCUCAGAGUGCUCUAGCAAUUGUCAGUGGUUUACAUGAAGCGGCCAUGGGUGUCUGGAGCACCCGGAAACUGUAUCAAAGUUGUACAUAUUUCCAAACAUUUUUAAAAUGAAAAGGCUCUCGUGUUCUCCUCACUCUGUGCACUUUGCUGUUGGUGUGACAAGGCAUUUAAAGAAGUUUCUCGCAUUUUUUUUUUUUUUUUAAUUUGUGAGGUGGUGUGUUAACUCUAUGGUCGUUGACUAGGAAUCCUGAGUUCUCAACUGUACAUAUCUAUAGUUUGUAAAAAGAACAAAGCAACCGAGACACACUCUUGACGCUCCUUGCUUGGCGUGGAGGCUGUAGGAGCGAUGCCUUCCGGAGGGGCCGUAGCUCAGGGCGUGCACUGUGGGGCUGGACCUGUGGACACUGCAGUGGGCAUCCAUUUAGCUUCAGGUUGUCUUGUUUCUGUAUAUAGAGACAUAGCAUCCCGCUGCCAUUCUUAGCUGUGGAAAAGGGGGGGGGUCAGCUGGCAUGAGAAGUGUUUUGGAUCCUUUUUAGUUGAAGUGUGGUAGUUUUAAACUGUUUGUUUUUUAAACAAACCAUAGAACUCUUCAUUGUCAGCAAAGCCAAGAGCCACUGCAUUGAUGAAAGUUCAAGAACCUUCUGUACUAAACACGAUCUGCAAUGUUCUGUUAUUUUUUUUUUUUGUAUGUUUAGAAUGCUGAAAUGUUUUUGAAGUUAAAUAAACAGUAUUACAUUUUUAAAA